ACGGAGUUGGUGGCCGCUCAGAGCAACCUGUCCUACAAGCAGCUCCCGCUGCGCCUCUACCAGGUAACCAGGAAAUUUCGGGAUGAGCCCAAGCCCCGCUUCGGCUUGCUGCGCAGCCGGGAGUUUUACAUGAAGGACAUGUACACCUUUGACGCCUCCGAAGAGGCGGCUCAGCAGACCUACGACCUGGUGUGCGACGCCUACUGCAGCCUCUUCGACCGCCUGGGCCUUCCCUUUGUCAAAGUGCGGGCGGCCACAGGCAGCAUUGGUGGCACUGUGUCCCAUGAGUUCCAGCUCCCGGCAGACGUCGGUGAGGACAGGCUAGUGCUUUGCCCUGAUGGACAUUUUGCAGCCAACGUGGAAACACUGAACGAUGAGAAAAGGUCUUGCCCCACAUGCGGGGAAAAACUCACUCAGACCAGAGGGAUCGAAGUGGGGCACACAUUUUACCUGGGCACCAAGUACUCUUCUGUCUCCAAUGCUGUCUUCUACUCCCCCAAGAACAAACCUCAGCUGGCAGAAAUGGGUUGCUAUGGCCUGGGCAUCACUCGCAUCCUGGCGGCUUCCAUUGAGGUGCUCUCUACAGAGGACAGCAUCCGUUGGCCAAGCCUCAUUGCGCCUUACCAGCUCUGCUUCAUUCCCCCCAAGAGAGGCAGCAAGGAAGAGGAGGAGGAGGGAGCUGUGCUGCUGGAGCAGGUGUACGAUGACCUCGCUGAAGCGCUGCCUCACCUCGCUGGCGAGUCGGUGCUGGAUGACAGGACGCAGCUGACCAUCGGCAAAAGGCUAAAGGACGCCAGCAAGCUGGGUUAUCCCUACGUGGUCAUAGCCGGGAAGAGGGUGUGCGAGGACCCCCCGGUCUUUGAGGUUUGGAAUCAGAAUGCCGGCGAGGUUUUGUUCCUCACCAAGGAAGGGGUCAUUGAGUUGCUCAGUAAAGUGCAAGUCCCUUAA